AAACCAAGUAAUAUGUCGACAGAAACUAAAACGACGAGUCUAUCCCCCGCUGAAUCACACUUUUCCCUCUCGAUCGAUGAAUCGAAACUUGCGGGAUCUUCCAGAGAGCAUGCUCGCCAAUAUCUCUUAGGCGAGAUCGCUGGCGCGGAGGACUACAUUUGGAGUCUUCGAACGCGUGCCAAUGACUAUGCUGAGAUCCAUAGUCUUCCUGAUGACAUCCUCACCAAUAUAUUCAACUUGGUCGUCGACGAGGACCACCGUUUGGAACGUCAGAUGUUCAUGAACCUCAAGCUUUCCGCGGUCUGUCGGCGAUGGCGUGGAGUUGCGUUGGAUUCCCAACUUUUAUGGACGGAGAUAGACAUCAGCAACCUGGUUAGGGCUGCGGCCUUUUUGGAGAGGUCCGGGACUGCACCUGUGGACACAUAUCUUGACGGAGGUUUCUAUGGUACUGGCGGCGGCGACCCAUCGCGGGUUGACGGUUUUGGACUUUGGGAGACACUAUCUCCACAUGCAUAUCAUAUCACCUCCUUAUACAUUGAAGUUCCAUUUACCCAAAUGCAGGCCUUACUGGAGUCCCUCGACUGCGCUUUUAACAGUCUUGUGAACCUCCGCCUCCUUUGCCCCAUAGAAAAGGGUGAGAACCGUGACAGUUUUCAAACCAUUCCAUAUAACCCCCCUUCAAUAAGCGCUGUUCAAGAACUUGAUCUGUACAAAGUUAUCGUACCUUGGAAUUCUCUCGCUUACGCAGGACUCCGUGACUUGGACUUACGUUACCAAGUUAGCAGCCCAGCAAAUGCGCCCACUAUGGAUCAGUUCUUGAACGUGCUUCAGCGUUCGCCUGAUCUCGAGUUCCUCCGCUUAGCUUUCGCAGGCCCUAUGCUCGACUCUUCCUUCACAACCUAUCCGGAACCACAGCGAAAGGUCGAGUUGCGUUCGCUCAAGUCUCUCACGUUGUACAACCACCCGCUAGAUAUCGGUCAUCUCCUCGCUCACCUAGACCUACCUGUAUCGACAUGUAUCAAUAUCCAUGCCAUCCUUUCAUCUUCAACUACUAUCUGUGACCUAUUUCCUCGAGGGUGCACACUCCCUAUAUUCGACGAGAUUACCGGCAUUAGCUUAGGCUACACCAAGAGCUACAUCGAAUGCCCGUGGGAAGACCUUUCUCUCCGUCUGGAAGGAUUCGUGAAGACAGAUCCUAUAUCUCGUAUUAGUGUGGAUUUUAAGUGGCCAGAGGAUGCAGGAAACGAUGGGUGGGCUGCGGGCAUCCCUCAGACAUUCCGCUCUCUUCCCAUCAUCUUCGCUCGUUCUGGCAUUACGAGCCUAGAGGUCACUUGCAGUUAUCAUGCAUUCACCGCUGAUGACUGGAGAUCAGUCCUAUCUAGUUUUCCCGAACUGAUAUUGCUCAUAGCGAAACCGCUUAGUCCUGCAUACUACGUACCUUCGGCUAACGUUGAAGAUCUCAUCGAAGUCCUUACUCCGCCUCUCGGUCCAUACCUGCCAGUCCUCUGUCCCGAACUUCGUCAGUUGAAGCUUGGGAGCUUUAACAUGGGAAGCGCUUUUAUCUCUACUCUGAUGGAUUGCGUGAGUGCGAGAAAAUCCAGAGAUGCUGGCCUGUGCAUGUUGAAGUUGGGACACUUCAACUGGAUAGGGGAGAAUGAGUUUACCAUGCCGGAUUUUCGAGAGUCGGUACAAUGCAGGUGUGGAGGCGAUUUGAUUUGUUCGCCCACGCCGAGAUGCACAACCCCUUGGUAGCAUUUGCGGGUUUCUGUAUUGCGCGUUGCUGUAUAUUCACACCAUGAGGCGAAUACCGCUGGUGUUAUUUGUCUGUCCCUAUCCUCCACUCGGAUUAGUACUUUUGGACCUUCACUCCUAUUAGACUAUACUGUCUAGGUGAUUGUGACAACACAUGUAGUCAUAUGUUAUCCGAGGUUCAACAACUUUGUCGUCCCUUGUA